AAAGACAUUCUAUUUAGACUUUUGCCUGAUGGCCACCUCGCCAUACUGUCCAGAUUACUUAAUUAAUUACAUCUUUUUCUGUAAUUGUCAUUUAGUAUUAUUAUUUUCCUGAACAGUAAUUGCAUUUGGUAUUUAUUAGUGCUUGAACUGCGGCUCGCAGAGAGAGGUUCCAGCUGCUGCUUUGUGAAUUUAUCUGUAAUACUAGUAAAUUAUAUUAUUUGGGGAGAACGGAUACAGAAGAAAAACCAUUAUCUGACGGCCACGUAUUCAGAAGAAAAAGAGGGGGUUUCUGGGCUCUGUUGGCUGGUUCGAUUUUCCCAGAUUCUUUUGAUAUGGUUGAUUCUCUUGUUCGAUUGCACAACAAAAGAACAAGUGUUGAGGCGGAUAUCUGUAUGCUUGACUUUUGAGACGAGAGGGAGAAAGAUGAGCAAGCACUCGGCCCCAGGUGCUUCCCGCCCCGCCCCGAGCAAGCCCAACUUCCUCACCAAGAUCAAGAGUGCAUCUUGUUUUAAUUCGCCGUCCCCAGACUGUGGAAAAGGGAGGAGUAAAUCCUCAGGUAGAAAAACUUCGCAUGGAUUCCACUUGGUUGAAGGGAAAUCUGGUCAUGAUAUGGAGGACUAUCAUGUUGCUGAAUACAGAAAAAAGAAGAAUCAUGAGCUCGGAUUAUUUGCCAUAUUUGAUGGUCAUCUUGGGGAUCGCGUCCCAACUUACUUGAAAGAUAACCUUUUCAAUAACAUACUCGAUGAGCAAAAUUUCUUCAAAGAUCCUGCGAUUGCAAUAAAGAAUGCAUACUGCUCCACCGAUAAGUUUAUAUUGGAAAACUCUAUGCAAUUGGGGCCAGGUGGCUCAACUGCAGUAACAGCAAUUGUUAUCGAUGGAACAGACCUAUGGGUUGCAAAUGUUGGCGACUCAAGAGCUGUUGCCUUUGAGAGAGGUGCUGCCAACCAACUUACAGUAGAUCAUGAGCCACACAGCGAGCGCAAGAGGAUUGAGAAGCAGGGUGGCUUUGUUACAAUUCUUCCUGGAGAUGUUCCUAGGGUAAAUGGCCAACUUGCAGUUGCACGUGCUUUCGGAGAUCAGAGCCUGAAAGCACAUUUAAGUUCCGAGCCGGACGUAAGACACGUGCCCAUAGACCCUACAAUUGAGUUUGUUAUAUUGGCAAGUGAUGGACUGUGGAAGGUUAUGAAGAAUCAAGAGGCAGUUGAUUUUGUGAAAUCUAUUAGAGAUCCUCAAGCAGCAGCUAAGCGUUUGACAAGUGAAGCAUUGGCAAGAAAGAGUAAGGAUGAUAUAUCAUGCAUUGUUAUCCGAUUUGGAUGAAGAAACUGGUAGAAAGCUCGACGCCACCACCAAUUCAUUAUAUUUGGUACUGCAGCAGCAUUUUGAAUUCUCAACUGCGGUGUUGUGUCAGUAUGGUUGAAUAUGGUUCAAAGAGCUCUAUUUCUGUAGCAGCUUUUCUUUUAGAGUCUUUUCACCGCCAACUUGACAUGGAAGUGAUGCAUUUUUUCAUGUUUCCAAAGGAAGAAAUUCCCUCAUUCUUGGAUACUUUUAGGAAUUGGGUGCAGUUAAUAUGGGUAAUUCUUUUCUCUGGAAGAAUAAUAAAGGUAAGAGAAACAGGACCGACGAUAGUUCUGUGUAUAAACCUACAGUGUGUAAAGAGCUAUGACGUAUAUGAGCUACUGCAGAUCCUUCGAUGUUGUAUACGUAGUAAUAAUGGCAGCGGUUGUUUCUGCUUGGUCAUGUUGCUUGUUUGCCUAUAUCGUAUACAUUUGUUUUUGUUGCCUAUAUAUAUCGUAUACAUUUGCUUUUU